CAGAAGUAUUGACACGAAUUGUAAACACAAUUUGAAAAACAAAUAAACUUUUGAUUCAUUCAUUAGUCUUAAGACUAAUCACGCGUUCAUUGGUUUGAAGUGAUGUGUCAUUGAAUUGGUGUUUGUGUUUGUGGUGCACGUGUUGGUGGCCUAUAAUAGUGGCCAUGAGUGUGAUCCAUAGGUCCUUGUUCACUUUACUGUCCGUCGCAUUGUUUGUGGUGUUGAUUGCACUCAAAGUGGACAACAAGUCUGAAUGGAACUGGUUUGUGGUGAUGGCGCCGAUGUAUGUGUUGGAUGUGGUGAUGACGGCAAUGGUGGCCAUCAAGUGGUUGCGUCCGUCGCAGUCCUACUCCAACACAAUGUCGUGGAGACGAGGACUCAGCAAAAGACUGUAUUGUCUGACAAUAGUUUUGUGCAAAUUGUCGUUUCAAGUCAUGUCGUGUCUUAGACUCCAAUACAUCACACAUUUGCCACUAUAUAUC